CACCCGCUCCUUCUUCCACGGGGGAGGACGGCAGAGUACAGUUUUCCCUUCUGUGGAAUCCUAGCGCCCAUAAAUUAGAGGAAGCAUUGAGAAAACAAUGCUCCCCCACCCAUCCUGUCUUUCAAGCGUUACUGCUCUAAGUUCCGAAAUGGAUACACUAGACCCUGCUUGGACAAUGAAAGACUUGAAAGACUGUAAGAAGAAAAAGUGGGCAGGAACAGCCAUCUACCACAGAGAGCCCAGCUGUCAGCUGUCUCACAGGAAGAUGCUCCAAGGAUGGAGUGGCCCCGGCGUGGGUGCGUGCAUGCGCACGGCUCUGGGAGUGCUGUGCCUCUGCCUCACAGGAGCUGUGGAGGUCCAGGUCUCUGAAGACCCCGUGGUGGCCCUGGUGGACACGGAUGCCACCCUACACUGCUCCUUUUCCCCAGAGCCUGGCUUCAGUCUGGCCCAGCUCAACCUCAUCUGGCAGCUGACAGACACCAAACAGCUGGUGCACAGCUUCACUGAGGGCCGGGACCAAGGCAGUGCCUAUGCCAACCGCACAGCGCUCUUCCCUGAUUUGCUGGUGCAGGGCAAUGCAUCCUUGAGGCUGCAGCGCAUCAGAGUAACUGAUGAGGGCAGCUACACCUGCUUCGUGAGCAUCCAGGACUUUGACAGUGCUGCUGUUAGCCUGCAGGUGGCUGCCUUCUACUCAAAGUCCAGCAUGACUCUGGAGUCCAACAACGGGGACAAGGUAACACCUGGGGACAAGGUGACAUCAUAUACUUUAGCUCCCAGGGCUGCCCCGAGGCUUCGGCAGGGCUUACCGACUGGCCUUGUGACUGCAUCUUAGAUGGCCAAGGAGCAGGGCUUGUUUGAUGUCCACAGCAUGCUCAGGGUGGUCUAGGAUGCUAAUGGCACCUACAGAUGCCUGGUACUCAACUUGGUGUCACAGUACGAUUGUCACACCUCUGUAAUGCUUUGUCUCUGUGAUUCUGACCCAGGAGGCAUGGAGGUUCAGGUCUCUGAAGACCCUGUGGUGGCCCUGGUGGGCAGUGUCACCACCCUGUGAUGCUCUUCCACCCACCAACCCCCUCCCAAGCCUGACUGCAGCCUGGCCCAAUUUAACCUCAUCUGGCAACUAAUAGACACCAAAUAGCUGGUGCAUGGCUCCCGUGGGGGCUGGGUUCAGGGCAGGCCUAUCCUAGCAGCACAGCAUUCCUCCCUGUUGGCUUAGGGCAGUGUGUUCUUGAGGGUUCAGUGCAUGUAUGUAGCUGAUGAGGGCAGCUUCCCCUGCUUCGUGGGCAUCCGGGACUUGCGCAGUGCUGCUGCCAGACUGCAGGUGGCAGCCCCCUACUCAAAGCCUAGCAUGACCCUGGAGCCCAACAAGGACCUGCGCCCAGGGAACAUGGUGACCAUCACGUGCUCCAGCUACCAGGGCUAUCCCGAGGCUGAGGUGUUCUGGAAGGAUGGGCAGGGAUUGCCCUUGACCACCGGCAAUGUGACCACAUCCCAGAUGGCCAACGAGCGGGGCUUGUUCGAUGUUCACAGUGUGCUGCGGGUGGUGCUGGGUGCUAACGGCACCUACAGCUGCCUGGUACGCAACCCGGUGUUACAGCAAGACGCUCACGGCUCAGUCACCAUCACAGGGCAGCCCAUGACAUUCCCCCCUGAGGCUCUGUGGGUGACCGUGGGGCUCUCUGUCUGUCUUGUGGUACUGCUGGUGGCCCUGGCCUUCGUGUGCUGGAGAAAGAUCAAGCAGAGCUGCGAGGAGGAAAAUGCAGGUGCUGAGGACCAGGACGGGGAUGGAGACGGAUCCAAGACAGCUCUGCAGCCUCUGAAACCCUCUGAAAACAAAGAAGAUGACGGACAAGAAAUAGCUUGACUGGGAGCUGCUGCCCUUCCCAGGUGGGGGGCCCACCCCUCUGGCUGUGUUGAGCCUCAGUGUGAGCCCUGCCCACCCUGAAUGGGUUCUGUUCCACAGAUCUACCCAUUCUUCAACGGAUGUGGUUCAUAGGCCACCCACAGCCUUAUUUUUCCAAUGGACUCAAUUCCUAUCAUCCUGCAGCCUCAUUUCUCCAGUGACAUGACACACAAACCAUCCUGCGGCCUUAUUUCUUACGGACACAAAGAGCACUCCACCUCAGUGUUCCUCCAGAGUCAUUCAGUGGCCUUGUGAUACCACAUAAGCCUUCUUCCUUCUGCCUUACUUCUAAUGGACACACACAAACCACCCCCACGUCCUUGCCCCCCCAGAGCCGUGCAGACCGUGUAACUGCUAUUAUUUUCCAAGGUACAUUCUGUUCAGAUGAACCCCUGCCUUACUUCUCUGAAGACAGCUGCACAGUUACCUCUUGGUCCUUUCUCCAUGGCCCUGACAUAUCUUAGUGUCCGAUCCUCGACCUUUGUUCUGACGAGGAUGGGAUCCCAGCACUCUUUAUCCUGACCCCCCUGCCCUGAUCUGGCCCUGGCUUUGGUUGUCUCCCUCCCUGACUAAGUGACAUCGGGCACACCGCCCAUCCACACACUCAGGUCACAGAUACCUGCAGUUGUGCAUGCUGGAUCGUGUACAUACCUGCUUUGCAUGGUCUCCUCUAGCUGCCCUGGGCUGUGCCCUUUCUCCCCAUAGGAAGCAGGUGCUGGUCUCCUGGCUCUAAUCUCCUCAGAGGGUCAGCCUUCAACCUUGUGCUCCCCAUGUUGGGAAUCUCUGUUACCUUUCCUUUCUUAGUAAAUUAACAUCUGUUAAACAACCAUCAGAUCCAAUGGGACUUUCACAGACCUGCCAGCUAGAUAAGUAAUGACACAGACGUUUAUUAUUUUAAAGCUUAGGCCUUUUGCUGGGUAGUCUCCCAAAUACUCUAUCCCUACUAACCCUGGAAUUCUGUCCCACCACAUGGCCAGGUCUACCUCUCUGCUCCUCUCUGAAUCAUCCAUCCACCUUCGUGUCCAUCAGCAAAUUUCCCAUGAUUCAGUUCUUCCCCAGAGUCUCUAUUUCUGUCUGAAGUACCACCUUUGACUUCCUGCCCAACUAUUGGCUGUCAGCUCUUUAAUAAAGCUGAUCAGAUGUAAUUCUAGAUUUCUUUAGGCAGGUGAGGAAGAAACAAAUAUGUAUAAAAUAUGAGACCAUUGAUGGGCCACAGAAAUAACGACACCAGAUCCUGCCAACAUAUAGCCCUCUACUGGUAUAAAAUUAACAAUUGAAUACACAGAGACACACCUUCACAGUGUACCCCAGCAACUGGGGUGAGCAUUGUGCUGGGUACUAGGGUCCUGCAGGAAAAUCAGAGGACUUACCUCCAGGUGGGAAAUGGCCUUGCUCCUGACUGUAUCCAUCUGUACUCACAGCCUCUCGCUACCUCACCCUCAGCCCACACUGUCCCUGACCUAGGGCCCAGGGUAGGAGCGGAAACCUGGAGAAAGCAUAGCCCUUUCCCAUACCUGGAGAGCUGGGUAUUUUCCAGAAUCUUUAUAGAUGUGGACUGGAAGGCAGGUAGUCACAGCCUUGCAGACAGGCCAUGCUGGGACCUCCUCAACAGCUGGAGCCUGAGGAGGGCCUGAGGACAAGAAGGGCCUUCUUACCAUGGUGCUAUUCUGGAGCUGGGGUGUGUACCUGGUUUGUCUCUGACAGCCCUGGCUUCUGGCAGAACUUCUGAUGUCCUCCUGAAGGCCUCUCUCCCACCCCAGUACCGGAGAACCUGAGGAUAAUUUAAACAUGGGGACUCUGGCCAGCACCUGGGAGAGACAGGUCCCAGAGCCAGCCUGGUCUACAGAGUGAGUUCCAGGACAACUGGAGCUAUACAGGGAAACCAUCUCAAAGACUAAAAAUAAUAAAACACAGAACUCUGUAAACUGGGUAUAUUUGGGGAGAAAUAAAUGUCUUUCUUUUAAUAGUU